UAAAAAUAAUAAUAUGCCGACUUACACAAAUCUAUACAUGCAUAUUAGGCCGCUUAAAAUAUGGAUUGUUUAUUUCAAAUUUAUCAUCAUUUAUAUUGAGUAACUAACUACGAUAUCUGUGACCUAUUCUGUGCGAUAGCUGUCCAUCUGACCUUAAGGUACUUUAAUCACACAGUUAGAACAUAAUAUGACGUAAAAAUGCAGUUUUAAACUAGUGUCACUUGUUUGACCAAGUGAACAACAAGUUGUUUAUCUACUGAGUGAAUAAAUCAAAGCAAAGUCUUAUACUGUGCUAAAAUGAACAGCUGCACUAAGGAAUAUCCUUACGAAAUAAUGAAGUUGGAUCCUGAGGAGCACUCGGAAGUGUUUAAGCAGUUCAAUUCAGAGGCAGGUAUUAUUGAAGAUUUCGUACGUGUCGGUCCAAAGGGUUACUGGUUUCCACAUGGGUUUGCGGAGUUGGCUCAAAAACUCUACAACAUGGAAGUCAGACCUGAUGACGUUUGGGUGAUAACAUUUCCAAAAUCAGGGACAACUUGGAUACAAGAAUUAGUAUGGCAGGUGGCAAAUGAUUUCGACUAUCCUAAAGCUGAAGCUAUUCCCCUCGUGGAAAGAUUCCCAUUUCUAGAGCUUGCAAUGUUUUACAACGGCAAGAAAGCUCGAACAGUACUUGGAGGUAAUGAGAAAGGAAAAGUUUUGCUGGACGCAGUGAACAAGACGUUCGAUCAAGUGUCGUCAAUGCAGUCGCCGCGGUUCAUCAAGUCGCAUUUGCCGCUGUCGCUGCUACCGCCCGCGCUGCUGGACUCCUGCCGCGUGUUGCACAUAGCACGUGACCCCAGGGACGUGGCCGUCUCCUUCUACCACCACUACCACUUCUUCCGAUUCAUGGGCUAUUCGGGCAACUUUAAGCAAUUCUGGAAUUUAUUCAUUGAAGAUAAAAUUGACUGGACUCCAUAUUUCGAGAACGUAAAAGAAUCGUGGCGCAUGAGGAACCACCCUAAUAUGCUAUUCCUGUUUUACGAAGACGCCUUGAAGGACCUGCCGUCAACGGUGAAGAAAGUGGCUGCAUUUCUCGGGAAGGCGGUGACAGAGGAGCAGGUCAGGCGACUCUGCGACCAUCUUGCCUUCGACAACUUUAAGAAAAAUAAAUCUGUUAAUUUUGAAGUUCUCAAGGACACAGGUGCUACUAGCACUGAAAGGUCUUUUAUGAGAAAAGGCAAGGCUGGCGGGUGGCGCGAGUACUUCAACGAGGAGAUGCUGCAGCAGGCGCAGCGGUGGAUGGAGCACAACCUGCGGGACACGGACCUUACAUUCCCUUCAGUAAAAUAAACACGUUAUUCUCCUAGACGACCUCCUUGGGUUUCAUGGUGUCGCCGACUCGAGAGGUCCCGGGUUCGAAUGCCGGUGGGGGCAGAUGUUUGUGUGAUGAAUACGAGCAUUUGUACUCCAGUCAUGGAUGUUUAAUAUGUAUUUCUAUAUAAAUAUACUUAUAUAUGCUCAGUAUAUGUAUUCUAUCCGUUACACUCGUAUCCCAUAACACAAGCCUUAUAGUGCUUAGCUUGGGGCUAGGGGAAUUGGUGUGAGUGUUGGAAAUAUUUAUUUAUUUAUUGCUGAUCUGUAUUAUAUUAUUAUGUGAAGGAAAAACAUUCGCAACCUCUUUCAAUUUUCUAUAAUAACAUAAAAUAGUAAAGAGAUUGUGCUGUUAUGAGAUUUUACCAAAUAUUUAUUAAGUUCACACAGAUAUGACAUACGUAGUAGGUAAUAGCAAUAAUAAACAUUAAAUAGGUACCUUGCU